AUGGUCUGCAAAAUUCAGUUCAUUAAUGCAAGCUUGAUAUUGAGCUUGACUGUGGACGAUUACAUUGCAGUAAAUAGGAGCGUUCCGGAAUUGCCAAGUGGAGUACUCAAGGAAGAAGAAAAAGAACAUCAUCUCCAAAGAGCCAUCGAUACUGGUUUACUUAUUCCUACUCCGGAAACAGAAGUUAUAGGCUCCGAAAUCUAUGAUCGCUUGUACCCUACUAACUACAAGGCGACUCGACAACUUAUCAGAGUUCAGCCGUUUGACAUAGAGGAAGACAUACCAGACUACGAUAUGGACUCGGAGGAUGAAGCAUGGCUCAACACCCAUGCUAAUAAAAUUGAUAUCACACCUUUAAAAUUUGAAGAAAUGAUGGACCGGCUUGAAAAUAAUGGACACAUCAUCACUCAAUAUGAAGCAAAAUCACUAUUAAAUGAGGAUGAUGACAUUAUCAUUGGUGUACUCUACGACUAUUGGUUGGAAAAGCGUUUGAAAAAUCAACAACCACUCAUUCCAAAAGUGAAAACCGAGGCACAUCUUGUAGGGAAUGCUUACAACCAUCCAUAUCUCGCUUUCCGCAGGCAUGAUAAAACACUUCACACCAGGAAAAAACAGAAAAACCGUGAGUCCUCUUAUCAAAAGAUGAUUAAACUGCGGAGAGAUCUUAUGAGAGCAGUAAAACUGUUGGACCUAGUCAAAAGAAGAGAAACCUCCAAGAAGAAUCUUCUACAGCUUACGAUUGACAUUUUUGAAAAACGUUAUCAAGCUUCAGACUUUUCAGGACAGCUGUUGAACGAUGUCACCCCUGUCAAAGUAUCUCGCUCAGUGUUUGCACCGAUAUUUACUAAUCAGUUAGUGAAUCAAUCCAGUAAGGACUUUGCCUCCAAGAAAGAGAAGUAUCAGUGUCGGAAAAAGAAACUGGACUCUGUAGAUGAGUGUGUUGAUAGCCCAGAGUAUAAUGGUGAUAUUAAUGCUGGCGUAGAGGACGUUCAGAUGAAAGAUGUUCCUUCUAUAUCUGCAUCUCCAGUUCUGGAAGACACUCCUUUUGUUUUCCAUCGAAGUAAGUCUGCUAUGUAUCGUCGUCCUAUCGAAAAUUUUAUACAAAGAGACUAUGAACUUUGUAAGCCCAAAUUUCGUCCAAUUAGAAUUAGGUCAGAUUCAAAGCAUAACAUCUCCGGCGUAGGAAGAAUUGGAAGAGGUGGACGUCUCAUUUUGGAUCGAAGCCUUCCUGUCAAAUCUAUCGAUAACUUUUGGGAAUCGUGUGACUUCACAAUCCUUGGAAAUUCACAGCCAAGACUUUCUCCGGUUAUCGAAAAUGAAGAGACUGAAUUCGAAGUGAUAGAGACUCAAUCUACAAACUACAAAGAAAUGGAUCCACUACCUCAGAUUGAUCUCAAUUCAGACCUUCAAGUUACUCUUGAAAUUGAGGAUCUCUCCGAUCCAACCAGCGAAAAGAUGGAGCUGAAUUUAAGUGAUUUCGCUUCAUCUAGAGACUCAAUUGAUGGCCGCUCUGUCGACCCAGAUAUGAACAUGCUAUUAGACUUAAUUAUUAAGAAUUCCAUGACAGAAAUGAAUUUGAAUCGUGAAAGUACAUUGUCAGCUAGUGAUAACUGUUCAGUAGAUAAGAGUUUCAAUUCCGACAAAUUUUUCUUGACAGAACAGUGCAAAAGCAGCAAUGAAAACUUGAACAGUGUUCAAAACGUUGGUAGUCAUGUAUCAGAUAAGAAAGUAUCUGUAAACAAUGAUUUUUGUGGAGAGAAUUCUUUUGGACAUUCCAAAUUCAAUUGUAAAUGAUAGCAUUCUUUUCAGUACUGAAUUCAGUGUUGUUCGAUAAGAAUGUGAAAUUUUUGUGAUACUAGAUCUUAAUUGAAUUUCUGUAGAGAAUUUUCAAUUGCUUAAAUUUAAAAGCGCUUAAAAAUCACAUUGGUAACAACACUAGAAAAAUUCCUCAGCUCUUCCAAUAAGGUAGGCUAAUGUAUUUGGUGUUUAAUUUUUGUUUACUAUGCACUCACUCUAUAAAAAUAUUACUGUUGAUACGUCAUUGGAUCUGUAGGCGUACACUGGGCGUAAACAGUUAUUAUUCCUCUCCACAUGAUAAGUAUCUACUGAGAAGUACAUUUUCAAGUAGGUCUGAUUUUGAGCUUUAUCCAGUUGUAUACUAAAAAAAUAUAUAUAUAUAUAAAUGUAUGUUGUGAUUGUAUAAAAACUGAUCAGCUCUAUUGAAAUUUCUAUUUAGAAUGUUCAUGGAAUAAUUGAACAUGAAUAUUAUUAAUGAAACAGUAAUCUCCAGGCGCAAAUAGAGACAGUUAUAGCAAUUCAUUUUUCUUCAGGGUAAAAAUUCAUUCUAGUUUAAUCACUUGGAUGGAUAAACUCAAUUUGGAAUUUUUUCAUUUAAAUUUGAAUUUUUAUUAGUGCUCUUGUAGAAAGUAAUUGUUGGAAAUAGUAGGCUACAAAUUUUGACAAGAAAAUUUUUAAUUAGAUUAUAUGCUUAUUUAAUACAAAUUUUUGAGCCUUUGAAACGAAAAUAUUGUUUUUCAUAUUUAUGUCUCUAAAGCUACUUCACAAGUAUAAUUCCAUUUUAUAAUGUGUUUUAUAAGGCAUACAUUUAUCGGCCAACAUAAUGGUCCAGUAAUGAUAAUACUAUGAAACAUACUUUUAGCAUAUUGUUUUUCAAAUAAUUGUGUAUUUAAAUUUAAUCUAAGAGCUUCUCUGUUACUCGGUGUCUAAUCUAAUUUCCAAAUCUGUAUAGGCCUACGAAACUAUAAAAAACUGGCAAAGUCUUAAUUUUGUUUUUCGGUGUCUACUACUGUUGGAAUCAUUGCUCAGGUUGCGAAUUGCAAGCCUCAUCGUUGUCUUAAAAUAUUGUAACAAUUUGAAUUUUCAUUUUUCUUGUCAUUUUCAAUAAUGUCGGUCAAUUCUAGCAGCAGUGGAUAAAAUGUAAAUUGCCAAUAAAUAAUACAAAUGGAGAAAUAUACGGUACUUGAUCGAGUCUCUAAGGGCAAAUUAAAUUUAUAAAGUUAUUCUCAUAUUAUGUAGUAUUAUCUGUAAUUUUCGGGCAAAAGGUUCUGUUGUAUAUAUAUAUAUAUUUUUUUUUUCAUUAACAUUAACUAAAUCAUAGCUAUUUUUGAAAAUCAGAAUUCUAACUGAUUCAAUUCUCAAUGUGAUAGAUUACUGUGGUGUCAGUAACAUAUUACCAUUUAAUAUAGAUAGGCUUACUUAUAAAAUUAUGUAAUUUAUACAAAAAUGUUGAUUGAUUUGUACAACUUAUUGCAAAUAUCACAGCCUCUAAUGAAUUUGAAGAUUUCCAAAAUGAUAAUUGUGUAAAUAUGUUGAGUGGUAUAAUAUUUUUUCAUUUUUAUAGAUUCCAGAAAUUUUGUUAGUAACCUACAACAGAAUAGGAUAAAUUGUACGAUGAAUCAGUUGAAUCUCAUGAAAGUAGAUAGAAUUUCUGAUUUUCAAGAGAAGGCAAAAAUUUGUUUGUCAAAUUUCCGUAAAUUAGGAAAUAUUACUUGUACUCUUCGGCCUGAGCAUCAUAGAUUUUAACUACACAAUAUCAUAGAGGAAAAAUUGCAUAUGAUAAUAUAUUGUCAGCUUAUGGCCGUUUUCAUAUUUGUGGUUUUUCGGCUGACAUUCAAAAUAUUUUGUCCUUUAAUUGACUAAUUCUCAGCAACUGAUUUGAGCCAAUCGGAGGACAAUUUUGAGAGUCGGUUGAUAAACGGUAAAGCUCCAACUAAACGGGCGUCUUUCACGCGCUGUUUUUUCCGCUCUUUAAUCGGAUGGAUGCAUUGUUUUUUAUGGGGUAAACUAUUCGUGCAAAAUAGAUGCUUCCCAUAAGAAGCCAUGUAUUCUGAAAACGCGCGAAAUAAAUUCAGCGCGUCUAAUCGCCUGCAUAGUUGGGGUCUAAGUGUGAAAACGGCCUAUUGAUCAUUCAGAAAGUAACUUAUCGUUGUAAUUCAAUGGUUAUAAUUGACUUGAUCAAUAACACUUAGCAAAUUACAGCUAUUUAUUUUUUUCAUUAGUGGUGGUUAUAACUUAAGUUCUUAGCAAGCCUGACAAAACUCAUCAGUCGUGAAAACAAGUUGAGUUGGCACUCGCCAACGACACAUCAGCUACCAUCACUUUAUCUUGAAUACAAUUUUUACAUUUUCUGUCCUAAUCUCUAUUUGUAAAGAAACGUUGAUUGUGAGUGAAUAGUAAAUAAUUCUCCAGUGUUCAACAUAUUACACUUGUUUUUUUUUAUAAACUGUUCAUUAUGAAUGCAUUCUCAAGUAAGAGAAAGUAUUAAAUCGUAUAAAUUAUGUGUGUAAAUUUUGUGUAAAAUUUUGAAUAUAUAGUAGAAGUAGAAAUUAUAUUUUCAAUUUAAAAAAACUGUUCUCAUUUCUGCUUACCUCAAUCUGAUUAAAUCAUUUUCUUAUAUCAUAAUAACUGUAAUAAUGUCUGUUGAAUAUUCAGUAAUAGAUUUAACUUCUCAUUUAUGAAAUCGAUGUUCACAUUACCGCAUGCAGAGCUAGGCCUCAAUAGUCAUUCUUGAGUAAUGCAUUCAAUAGCCUUAAAAUUUCAAUAAUGUUAAUAAUAAUUACUAUUAUUGUUUUUUUUUUACAAAUGUCCUUUGCUUGUGAUGGAUAUUGAAUGAUUUGAAUGAAUGAUAAUUUACCAUU